AUGACUACACAUUGCCAUUACGACCAUAUUAUGGGUAUUAGCAAGUUCCCACCAACAGCAAGGACAGAUACUACUGGUGCUUCUGGUGCUUCUGGUGCUGCUCCUUGUGGCCCCAAUAGCAACAGCUUAACACAAAGUCCACGAUCAACACCCCCUACGACCGUUCUAACCUCUGCACUCGGCAAACCAUUCGUGACACCGUACUCAAAUUUACAGAAGCACAGCCUGGCCGACACACUUGGACUGUCCGCGCCGAAGUACGAUGUCGGGAUCUGGGCAGAAGAUUACUCGCAGGUGGUCUAUCACCAUGACCACCACGAGACCAGCACAACCCCAAACCCAACCCGCAUCGCGACACCAUAUACAAUCCUACACACGCCAGGCCACACGCCAGACUCCCUAUCAUGGUACGACGCAGAGCACCGCGUCAUCUGCGUCGGCGACAGCUUCUACCUCAAGCACGUUGACGCUGCGCACAAGGCACCAUGGGGAGACGAGCCGCCCAUGCCGACCAUGUUCAACCUGGAGAGCGACCUAGCCGACUGGUGGCGGAGCCUGCACAAGGUCCUGGAUUUCGUGGUCCGGAAGAACCGCGAACUUGCAGACGGGGUGGUGGAGACGCGGAAGUCGGCGUCGCCGUCAGAAGGCUCUGUCGUGGGAGACGAUGGUGCCGGCCAGACAUCCCACUCUCGACAACCGUCUUCCUUCAGCAUCUGGCCCUUCUCGACCAACCGGUCCGCCAGUCUACAAACGGGAUUCGAGCCGCGCAAGGCUACAGAGAGCCAUCUCACAUUCCGCAGCUCCACCACUCCCAGCGCCACCAGCGAUCCCUGGCUCCUGGUCGAUCUCAACCCCAAUCAGAGCCACACCGAGACGGCUCCGCGCGUCCGCCUCGCAGGCGCACACUCGACGUCCAGAGCCGACGCGCUGGAUGCGAUCCUCGAGAUCCGCGCGUUCGUCGCCGCCAUCCUCCGGGACGACGGGACGAUCCCGAAGCGGAGAGUCGAAGAUGGUAAUCGUGGUGAAGAGAUGUGGUUGUGGGAUCAUGCCCUAGUAGCCGAUAAGGCAGGCCCGGAUACUGCUUUGUUGAAGUCAGGCCGGAGAUUCAGUGUUCUUUCGCCUUUGGUUGUUGUCCAGGAGGGGAGGAGGAGGAUUCCGAGGGCGGAAUGGUUCGAUGUUUGA